UACUGUCAGAUGAUAGAUCCCCGGUGAGAUGGCUCCGGAGCCGGAAAGCGCCGUUGCUUAGCAACCAAGGGUCCAAACAAGCGCGAGCUGCAUCUGAGGAGUUUGAUAACGUGAUUAGCAACUCGGCUUACUUCAUGUUAAUUAAACCUAUCUUUAAAAUAUCGCUUAGCUCUUUAAGAUAUAAUAACCAUUUAAUUUGACUAAACAAAUGGCAGGCAAGAAGAAAGAAGCGAGUCUGCAGGCUUCUGUCACAAACCAAGAGCAGUGGGAGGAGAUGCUUGCAACCAAAGGUUUAACAGUUGUAGAUGUGUACCAACAGUGGUGUGGUCCCUGUCGAGCUGUGGUUAGUCUCCUCCGAAAAAUAAAGAACGAAUUGGGUGAUGACCUAUUACAUUUUGCCACAGCCGAGGCAGACAACAUUGAUGCUUUGGAGAAGUAUCGAGGGAAAUGUGAGCCCACCUUCCUCUUCUAUGGGGGUGGGGAGCUGGUGGCUGUGCUGCGAGGGGCCAAUGCUCCUCUCCUUCAGAGGAUGAUUGUGGAGGAACUGGCCAAAGAGAAGUCAGUCCUGGAGCAAGGUGGUGAACGCAAAGCGGUUAAAGAUGAUGGUCUGGUGGAUGGUGAGAAGAAAGACGAGGAGGAGACGCCACAGCAGUCAGAAAAUGAAGAAAGCAUAAUUGUUCCUGCCAGUAAAUCCUACACAGUUGCCAUCAUCAAACCAGAUGCUGUUGCUCACGGCAAGGCAAAUGAGAUCAUUAUGAAGAUUCAAGAUGCUGGGUUUGAGAUCCUGGCCCACGAGGAACGCACGCUGACUGAGGUUGAGGCUCAGGAUUUUUACCAGCACAAAGCAGAAGAGGCUUGCUUUGAGGACUUGGUGCAGUUUAUGUCCAGUGGUCCAUCCCAUGUUCUGGUAAUCUCUCAGAUUGAGGGCUCUGCUAACGUAGUGCCAGCAUGGCGUGAGUUCAUUGGCCCAGCAGACAUAGAGGAAGCCAGGAGAAAUAAACCAGAAAGUUUGCGGGCACAAUACGGCACACAGACACUGUUCAACGCAGUGCACGGUAGUGAGAACAGCGACCAGGCCAGCAGGGAGCUCGCCUUCUUCUUCCCCAACUUUAGGACAGCCUCAGUAACAGAGCAGGAUGGGGAGGAAGCGCAUGUGGAGAGGACACUGGCUCUUAUCCGGCCUGACGUUGCCAGAGAAAACAGAGAGGAGAUCUUGGCUCAAAUCCACAAGUCAGGCUUCAUCGUGGCUCUCCAAAGAGAAGUGAUGUUGACAGAGGAGCAGGUCAGACAGUUUUACUUCCAACAUGUUGAGGAGGACUACUUCCCUGCAUUGCUCCAAAGCAUGACCAGUGGGCCAGUGCUAGCUUUGGCUCUGGCCAGAACGGGGGCUGUCCAUCAUUGGAAGAACAUCAUUGGUCCGUCUGAUGUUAAUAAAGCCAGAGAGGAGAGUCCUGAAUGUCUAAGGGCCCAGUUUGCUGUGGAGAAUGAGCCUAUCAACCAACUGCAUGGCAGUGAAAGCCAUGCAGAGGCAGAGCGAGAGAUCAACUUCUUCUUCCCUAAACAGCAAACACUGGCAGUGAUCAAACCUGAUGCCAUGGAGGAAUACAGAGAGAAGAUUUUGGAUGAGAUCAGAGGCAGCGGUUUCUCUGUAACGCAGCUGAAGGAGAUGGUGCUGUCGAGGGAGAUGGCUGAGGAGUUUUACAAAGAGCACAGAGAGAAGCCUUUCUUCAACCAACUGGUGGAAUUCAUGUGUCGGGGGCCAUGUAUGAUGCUCGUCCUGACCAAGGAAAAUGCAGUGGAGGAGUGGAGGGCCACUAUGGGCCCCGCAGAUCCUGACCAAGCUAAGGCAACAUCCCCAAACUCUCUGAGGGCCCGCUUUGCCUCCGACAUCCUCCACAACUCAGUCCACGGCUCCUCCAGUGAGCAGCAUGCAGAGGAGAAGAUCCGUUUUAUCUUCGGUGACAUCUGCUCAGAGGCAGAGCUCACCAGUGAUGGAGAGACUGACACAACCAUUUUAGCAAAAGAGCAAGACUAUUCUGCAGAUGAAAACACAGGAAUGGCAAGAUCUUUAACUGAAGAACUGUCCGAUGACCAUAAUGAAGGUAUGAGUAAGUGACCCACAUAAUUUGAAUCCCUGCAGCCCACAGACAGAAGGAAGUGACGAUCCAGACCACUCAAAUUGAAUCAGCACCCUUACUUGUUUAUCUUGUAUUGUGGGCAUAUUCUGUAACAUUAUAGAAAAAUUCAAUAUCUGUCACUCCUCUUCAAAUCAUGAAAUAAACAUGUAUCUGACAUAGGUGGUGACCACAUAUUACUUAGCUAGUUAAAGGGAGUACUUGUAAACCUAUCGAGUUUUUUAAUACUGCUGACAGCAGUUGACAGUUUAUAAGCUUUCUUGGCUCGCAACAGCAGCUGUAAACUCCAGACUAAGACCAGGAUCAUACAGUCGCCACAAAGCAACCAAUCAGUUCAAACUUCAAAGAAGCCUUUAGCUGAAUCGAGACUUCAGUUCAUUCUAUGUUGGAUUGCUAACAAUCUAUCAAUUUUACUACUACCAUGCUGUAAUUAGGCUUGGUUGUGUUUCCUGUUACAAUUGAGGAGAAUACCUGCGUCAAUGUGACUAUUGUAUGUGAGAAUGUUAAGAAUAUCAAGUUAUAAAAUACACCACAAAGUUCUUGGUGUUAUUAGCAGCUCGCUGGUAGAUCAGUUGGUACUGGGGUUUAUGAAUUAAACUGAGGUAAAACCAGAGUAACUGUUACUAUACUUGCAUCCAGUAAGCAUUCAGGUUAUAAUUUCAGAAGGAUUCUAAAACAACCUUGAGUCAGACAUUUAUUUAUUUUUCUCUUAUUAGCAAAAAAAUGUAUAGGUUUGUAUAUUUUACAUCUAUUAAUAUAACUGAAGCAUUGUAUGGAAGCCCAUUUCCGCCAGUAAAAGAAAAAAACAAGUUUAAAACGUAUGUAAGUCAUUAUGAGAAACUCUCAAAAUAAUGGCUUAGUAUCUCAAAAUAAUGGGAACAUUUCUCAAAGUAACACAUAUGCCUAUGCAAUUUUCAAGAACUUUCUUAUUUUUUUGAGAUACUCAUUUUAAGAAUUCUUGAAAUACUACGUCUUUAUCUUUGAGUGUUUCUCAUUAUUUUGAGAUACGAAGUAAUUAUUUCGAUUUAAGUAAGUCAUUUGUUUGAGAAAGUUUGUAAUUACAAUGACUUACAGAAUAGGAAAUAGGCUUCCAUGUAUUUGUAAGCUUUUAAAAAUGAAAUACAUUUAGUCAUGAUAGGCAAAAAAAUGGGAACUGGGACUUGCAAAACAGAGUAUUGUCAUAUAUAAUUUGUCAACAUGGAAAGGUUCAGUCAUCUGCUGAAAUUGUCUUUGAUGCUCCUUUUACCGUGGCUUU